GAAAGAUGUAGACGGAUAUCUCGACGCGAAGCAGAAAUUGGAGGAACGUUUGGACCGGCCGAUUCUCCUAUCUCUCCACUUCACCUAUAGAGACGAAAUGCCUAUCGAGGCGAGGCCGAUCGCAAUCAGACAUAACAUAGCUCCGUAUACCCAUGUGGAAUCAGAGUUAGAGUGUUUCCCCUGGAAUUUGAGCAUCUUAUUUGGGACCUCGGACGGAGUAGCCCUCAGUGAGGUAGUACCGCUAUUGCCGACUAGAAGGGAGAAGACGAUGUAUGGCCCUCGACUUGCGAAGCUCUAUCCGCGGUACGAUGAGACUGAGAAGCCCGUCGACUUCCACUUCUUGGAGAACUACCAUUAUCGAACGAUCCAGCGCCAGGAUUUGGCACCUUGGGAGAAUGAGAUUGUAUGGUGGCCUAACAUCGUCGUUCGCCUUGCGGAGGUAUACCAUGUCAUGAACAAGAUUGGUGAGAAUAAUCCGGUCGGCGCGUCAAAAUUCUUCGGUUUUCUAUCUCGGCCAUAUGUCCGCCUUCAGGAGUACUGGAUCCUGAUUGACGACAAGAAGGUUGGUACGCCCGAGGAUGAUCUCGAUAGGACUCAACAGUGGGAGGAAGAAAUGGGAGAUAUCGAUGCCGCAUACGAGAGUGAAGAUUUCUACGUCAAAGAGGCGUUGGAAGUAUAUGAAGAGGCGAUGGGAUGGGACACGAUUAUGAAGACCCCGGAGGACCUUAUUGGGGUCGACAACGUGGAGACACUCAGUGAUCGCGACAAAAGGAGACUGCGAAAAGUAGCCCAGUGUCUAAGGAGUUGGGGCACCCGCGUCCCAGUUGUACCUCGCGUCGUGAGGUGGGCAAAGGAGGGCGAAGGGAAUCAUAACAUGCCACCUACUAUCUUUGACCUUGCCGACCAACUGAGACCAGAACAGUCUUAUAAUAGUAUGGGGCUGAGGACGUUUCCUGAUAUUGAGUUCCGCUAAAUAGGGGCCACA